UUCAUAUUACAAGUUUCAAUAAUAAUAUCUUUUCCAAACAAUUUGACAGUGAAAAUUAGGAUAAAUAAAGAACGAUUGACAUGAUUAUACAAACUUUUAGCCAACAGUUUCUCCCAUGUUGUAGAGGGAGAAAAGGGCAAAAAAAGAAGAAAAGAACUCCCAAAAUCAAAGUCUGGGAAAUUAGCAAAAAAAAAAAAAAAGCAAAACAAAAAACAAAUAAAAAUUAUAUUUCAGCUCCAAAACUUCAAAAACCUUUCCUCAUCGAUCCCGUGACAUCUCUGUCUCUUUCUCAAAUUUCGUUGUGAUACAGAGCUCCCUUCACUCUCGCAUACUUCCUCAUUUUUUAUUUAAAUUUUGUGUUUUAUUUUUUUAUUUUUUUAUUUUUUAUCAGUAAUCUCUGCUUUCGAUCCUUUUGUAAACAUCCAUCAAUAUAAAAGGAAAAAAAACACCAUCUUUCUAAACCCCAUCUUUCUAUCAAUCUUUUAUAAUUUUGCUUCCCUUUCUAUUUUAUGGCGGGAACUUUCAUAUUGGCGGGAAGUUAUUGAAUUGAUAAUCAAUCUUGAUAGUUUUUACGCAGUUGGGUUAUUGAUUUUGUUAUCUGUAGAUAUAGAAGAACAUAAAGAUUUUCUCUUUUUGAUUGUUUUGUUGAUUUUAUGGCAAACCCAUCUGGUGUCCAUCAUCAACAAGAAGGCAAUCAUGCUUCUUCUUCUUUUAAUGGUGGAAAUAUUCCAACUAAUGGGCAUGGAAAUUCAGGGCCUGAAACUUCUGGUACAAACUUGAAACACAACCCUGGUAUCUCUACAGAUUGGACCUUGGAAGAACAAGCAAUUCUUGAAGAUGCUUUAAAUCAAUAUGCUGCAGAAUCAAGUGUAAUACGUUAUGCGAAAAUAGCAGUGCAGCUGCAGAAUAAGACCGUCCGGGAUGUUGCUUUGCGCUGCAGAUGGAUGACUAAAAAGGAAUAUAGCAAGAGAAGAAAGGAAGAUAGUUUAGCAAGGAAAAGCAAGGAUAAAAAGGAGAGAGUUACUGAUCCUUCAGUGAAGGCAUCUCGCUUCAUGGCGAGGUCUAAUGUUCAUCCAUAUGCUACUUCAAUGAUUCCUAUGGAGUAUGAUGAUGGCAUGGCAUACAAUGUUUGUUGCAUGCAGGCAUUGAUGGAGUUACAGGGGAGCUUCUUGAUCAAAAUGCAAAGGCCUUGGAUCACAUAUCUGCUAAUCUCUCCACUAUGCAGUUACAGGAGAACAUCAGUCUCCUCUGCCAGACUCGUGACAACAUUCUGAAGAUUAUGAACGAGAUGAACGACAUGCCAGAACUAAUGGAGCAGAUGCCGCCACUUCCAGUCAAAUUGAACGAAGAGCUGGCUGACACCAUCCUGCCCCGACCAAAUCUUCCCAUGAAAUGAUCAUUAUUUUUCCUGUCCUUUCGAUUAGAUCUCAGGACGUAGUGCAGCCCCUGAUGCAAACAUCAACAUCAACAUAUAUAGGGGAGGAAACGGCCCCUUACUCAGUUCAUCAUAUGCUCUAAAUCAUAGUGGCUUUAGUUUGUUUUGUUCCCUUAGAUAUAGUUUGGAGAAAUAGUUUAUGCAAUAGCAAGCGACUUUGUUUCUGUAUAAAAUUAGGGAAUGUGUAAUAGCGUUCUAGUUUCAUUUAUCUUUCAUCCUUUUUUA